AUGCCGUACUCCACCACACUCUCGGUGCCCAUUUCAAUGAGGAUGGCGGAUCCCUCAUGGAGAAUGGCAGAUCCCCCCAGACCCAUGGGGAGUACAGAGGCACUUCGGCUCGAGAAUGAGGACUUGAGGAAAAAGAACGAGGAACUUGCGGCCGAACUAGACAAACUCCGGAUCGCUACCGCCCAAUCUCCUACACCGGCCGGGCCCCAGAGGACGAGCCCUACUAAGUCGUACAUGCAAUUAACGUCUUCGUCUCGCAUCCGGAAAACAGCACCACACAGCACUCGUCUCAGGACCCCGGAAGCUACCACCGGUUCGGACAAAUCGAGCCCGGCCGCCGAAGCAGUCAGAGCCCAGCGCAGGAAGACCUGGGAUUCUGGUUCCUCUCGGGCCGCCCGGACUCCAAACGGUCCUGGCGACGGCAGAGCGGUGCCUGGUUACAUGCAGUCUACGGCCUCGAGUUACCAAAAGCGAGCAUCCCAGAAGGGAGCGGUAGGUCAAAUCAACCACCCGGCGCGUCCGGAGAAGUACCAGGUUGGGACGCAGUUCCAGACUCGGCGCAAGAAAGAGUACACCGAGCAGCAACGACAACACCAACAGCCACAGCAACAGCAGCCGGUCCGACGAUCCCUCCGACAGCAUUCGCGGCAAACCCAGGAGCCGCCUCGACCCGACUCACCCGAGUUGCCAGAGGAGAAAGUGCUUACGCUGCAGGAUUUCGUACCGGGGGAUCUGCGUUUGUCGCCGCCGCUUCCGAGAAUCCAGUCGGUUCCGAUUUCGCGGUAUUCCCUUCCGGAAUCGAUGACGACGAUUAUUGAGGUGCCCGAUACGCCUUAG